AUGAAUCGAGGUGAAUCUCUAGUAAAAGAUUUAAAAAUAAUGCUGAACAAUUCUCGAUAUAGUGAUAUCAAAAUCAAAUGUUCGGAUUCCGGCAAGGACAACAACGAGAUUCUCUAUGGUUGUCGGAUGAUUCUGGCGGCACGCUGUGAAUUUUUCGAAAAAAUGUUUUUUACCGGAAUGCGUGAAACCCACGAACCAGAAAUAUCUUUGCCAGAAAUAUCGACUGCGGCGAUGAAAGUUGUGUUGGAAUUUCUUUAUACGGGCAAUGUCGAGAACAAUAAAUUGACAGCGACCAACGCCAUUGACGUAUUCUAUGCUGCAAAUUAUUUGCUUCUACCUGUUUUGGAAGAAGUUACCGUUUCGUUUAUUGAAGGAAAAAUUUUCAGUGAAAACGAUAACAUUAGUAUUGUUAGACUUUUUUCGGCAAUGAUUACUAAAGCCGACGCACAAAAACUUGAUAAAGGGCAAUUUUUAUAUAAAUUGCUUUGCAAAAAGAUGAAGAGGAUUCCGUUAUUUACCUUUGCAUUUAAUGAGAUGUCGAUUGAUAUGCUAAAAGUGUUAUUAUCACAAACACUCGAUCAAGACGAAUAUUUCGCCACAUCUGAAUACGGCAUUUUUCGAUAUGUUGUCCUAUGGGGAGCUAAUAAAGUUUCACCACAAACUCUCUUCGCAUAUUCUAAAGUUUUACCUAUUGCCGAUUCUGUUGACAAAUUCUGCGAUGAAUUUAUUCAAAAAAACGAGGAAUUAAUCGAGGAAUCCAAUUUUUCAAACUAUCGUCACCAGUUGUUGAAGCAAAUUGACCAAUUAUUACCUCUCAUCGAUUUACAAUUGAUAAAUGUGAAAAUCAUUGGUUUGAUAAUCGACCCAUUAAGGUUAUUUAGCUUAAAAUGUGUGAAUGAAGCGUACCGACUUCACGCUAUUUCAAAACAUCCUACGAAAACUACACGAGGAGCCUUCGUAAACAAACAAAUAACCUGGAAUAAACUCCAGUGUGGACCACAUAUGAUCGUCCAUCAGCAUGACGAAACAGUAGUUGAAUCUUUUACCCGAGGUCGAAGUCAAAUGGCCAUAGCAAAACAAGCUUUCAAGGGUAAAGAUAUUUUUCAAUGGGAUAUUGUGAUAGAGCAAAACAGCCAACAUGUGGCGAUUGGAGUCAUCUCUUCUACUGAAAUAGAACAAUCAGAACCUGAAUUUUCAAAAAGUCUUAUCUGGCAACCUGAUUGUUGGUGUAUUAGUUCUGACGGCUCAUAUUAUUCCAAACUAUAUCACAUUGUACAAAUAAAACAAGAAUAUGAAUUAGCAGCUUUCAAAGAAGGUGAUACGGUUACGAGCCACUUGGAUAUGUCGGAAAGAACCCUCUCUUUCUCAAUAAAUGGAAUAAAAAUGAAAACAGUUUUCCGUGAUCUCGCCGAUAAAGUUUAUCCAGCUGUUUCUUUGUCUUCAUUCGGAAUGUUACGUAUUAAAAACUAA